GUGCAGAUCUACGAGCUGGAGGAACAUAAGAUUGAAAGCUGGAGAGAGCUGUAUCUGCAGGAGACCUUCAAACCUCUGGUCCACAUCCCACCUGAUGCCAGUGUGUUUGAAGCCGUCCAUUCUCUGAUAAAGAACAAGAUUCAUCGACUUCCUGUCAUCGAUCCCAUCAGUGGGAAUGCUCUGUACAUUCUGACCCACAAGAGGAUCCUGAAGUUCCUGCAGCUCUUUUUGUGUGAGAUGCCCAUGCCGGCCUUCAUGAAGCAAACUCUGGAAGAACUUGGAGUAGGAACAUACUCCAACAUCGCCUACAUCCACCCCGACACGCCGCUCAUCAUGGCCCUGUCUGUCUUCACGCACCGCCGUGUCUCCGCCCUGCCCGUCGUCGACCACAGUGGGAAAGUUGUGGACAUCUACUCCAAGUUUGAUGUGAUUAACCUGGCGGCUGAGAAGACCUACAACAACCUGGAUGUGACGGUGACUCAAGCUCUCAGACACAGGUCACAGUACUUCGAAGGAGUCAUGAAGUGCAACAAGCUGGAGACUCUAGAGACCAUUGUGGACCGCAUCGUUAAGGCUGAGGUUCACAGGUUGGUCAUUGUUGAUGCAGAGUCUCACAUCGUGGGCAUCGUGUCUCUGUCAGACAUCCUGCAGGCUCUGGUCCUGACCCCUGCAGGUCUGGGGAGGAAAGAGUCCAUCCCAUCUCAAACUGGAACUGUGGACUUAUCUGAGCCUGGGACAGCAGGUCCAGUCGGCUCAGACCAGGGACAGAACCAGGAGACCGGCAGGGAGGAGGACUCCACUGUGAGCUGCCAGCAGGAGGAGGAGACACCUGAGGAGGUGGCAGGAGGAGAAGAUGAGACAGUGGAGGAGACAAGAGGAGAG